GGUGCCGGAGGAAGCGGAGGCGCUGCUGGGGGUCUGAAAUUCACGGUGGUUGACACUUGCGAGAGAAUCAAAGAAGAAUUCAAUUUCAUCCAGCAACAGUACCACACGCUGAAACUCGAGUGCGAGAAGCUGGCGAGCGAAAAGACUGAGAUGCAGAGGCAUUACGUUAUGUACUACGAGAUGUCCUACGGCCUCAACGUGGAGAUGCACAAGCAGACGGAAAUCGCGAAGAGACUGAACGGCAUCAUCGUCCAGGUGCUUCCCUUUCUGGCACAAGAGCAUCAGCAGCAAGUGGCUAACGCCGUGGAAAGGGCCAAGCAAGUUACCAUGUCGGAGCUGAACGCCAUCAUUGGGCAACAGCAGCAGCAGGGUCUGCAACAACUGCUGCAACAGAUCCAGGCGCAGCAGCUACCCCAUGGCACCGUGGUCGGCGGAAUGCCCCCGGCGGGCCUGCUCGGGUUCGCGGGGGCGGCGGUGGCGGCGGCGGCGGCCGCGGGGGUGCCCCCGCACCUCGCGCCCCCGCCCCACCCGGCCGCAGUGGCCGCCCAGGCUCAGGCCCAGGCCCUCCUUAAGUCGACGGACCUGCAGCACAGAGCAGCCGCCGAGACGCCCGACGACCGGAAGCCGAUCGCCCUGACGGACGAGCGGCUCAGGAGGUCCGUCUCGCCGCCCGAGAAGUUCCGGCCCAGGACCCCCGAGCUCGAGAGCGACCCCAAGAGGCGGAAAGAGGACAAGCUGGGACACCUUGGAAGAAGUUUCACCGAUUACAGGUUCUCCCUGUCUUCGGAAAAUCGAUCUCUUCUGGGUUUCGGUGCUUUGAGCAAAGUAGAGUAG